UAUAGCCCAGCUUCACAGGAAAGAAUCAUGGUUGCCAACAUCUUCUCCACCGGCCUCGUUGCCCUCGCCUCGGCCGCCACCGUUACUGCACAGUGCGAUCUUCCUACGAGCUACCGAUGGACAUCUACCAAUGCUCCCAUUGCUACGCCUAAGAACGGAUGGGCCUCGCUCAAGGACUUCACCCAGUCUAUCGUGAACGGCAAGCAGAUCGUCUACGCGUCCAUGUGGAAUGGCCAAGCCUACGGCUCCAUGGCCUUCGGCGCCGUCGACAACGUAUCUGGUCUUGGAAGUGCUUCCCAGACCGGCAUGACUCAAGGCGCUACCGUCGCUCCCACCCUCUUCUACUUCGCCCCCAAGAGCACCUGGGUUCUGGCGUACCAAUGGGGAGCCACUGCUUUCCGCUACAAGACCUCUUCGGACCCAACCAAUGCUAAUGGUUGGUCUGCGGACAAAGCUCUUUUCAGUGGAUCCAUCUCCGGCUCUGGUACCGGCCCCAUCGAUCAAACCCUGAUUGGUGACAGCCAGAACAUGUACCUCUUCUUCGCCGGUGACAACGGCAAGAUCUACCGAUCGCAGAUGGCCUUGAACAACUUCCCCGGCGACUUUGGCUCUAGCUCCACUGUUGUGAUGAGCGACACCCAAAACAACCUCUUCGAGGCCGUGCAGGUCUACACCCUCAAGGGUCAGCAGAAGUACCUCAUGAUUGUUGAAGCCAUCGGCAGCCAAGGCCGUUACUUCCGUUCCUUCACCGCCACCAGCCUCAGUGGCUCGUGGACUCCCAACGCCGCAAGCGAGCAAAACCCCUUCGCCGGCAAGGGCAACUCAGGCGUCACCUGGUCCAACGACAUCUCGCACGGAGACUUGAUCAAGUCCUCCAACGACCAGACCAUGACCGUCGACCCUUGCAACCUUCAAUUGCUCUUCCAGGGACGCAACCCCAACGACAACGCCGGCGGCAACUACAACGCCCUUCCUUACCGACCCGGUCUUCUUACUCUCCAGAAGUAGAGGGCGCUCUCUCUUGAGCUGUCGUGGACGGAUUUUACUGUCGGUGACAAUCGUAUAUAACUUACCAUUCUUUUACAUUGUACAUAUUUUUCCCUACCUUUCGCCGAGACAAAACAGACAAUUAUAUUUCACAAUCAGUUGAAUCAAUUCGCUGUUAUUCAUCAUCAUCUUCAGUCACGUGAAAUCGACACUGCAAAUACAUGUAUUGACCAUCUAUUUCUCUCACUAAUGUCUAAAAUUGUGCAGGUAUACCAGGCCAGUGGAUUGGCAGUUUUUCCAUUGAUACAUUUUAGAGGUGAGAUACACAGAUAAUACUGCGCGGUACCGUACAACACGAUCCAGUAAUGAGCAAGAACGAAGAAACGUUGAAAAGUCACUCGUAAAAAACAAUCGAAGCCUAAGAGCCGACACCUCUAGAAUAUUAAUCUGCAUUGACAGGCAUAACCACCCUUGUACUAUACCUUCAAUCCAGGAUCGGGACAACGUGCCACAGAGUCGCAAAAU